GCCGCCUUUUACUGUUUUGUUUUUUGUUUUUUGUUUUUGUUUUUCUUAUUAUGACCUGCCCUUGAUAUUCAUCUCUUCGUAACGUGGCAGGUGGUGAAGGAACAAAUCCGCCAUCGGGGUUCAGAGAAGCCACCGGGAGCUGGGAGAGCGAGGCGUGGAGAGGAACCUAGAGACCGAAGGGGGAGGUUUCCCAGGAACAGAUUCCGAGACCGCACCCGAUUGGGGAUGGCCGAUAGCUCCUCUAAGUUCGAGCCUCAGGCUUUGCAAGAGCUCAAUGACGAUUUCAAGAAACCAACCCUGCCGGUGCCCCCGGCUGUGCGGGGCAGGGCCCCCACCACCAGUCCUUCAGACCCUGAGGAGGUGAAGAAGGAAGGGCCCACGGCGCUGCUAGACCCCGAUUCCGUGGAGCCUGACGUCCCGCCAGUGCGGCCGGACAGCGGGGACACCAGGAGUCCACCGGAGGAGCAGCCGCGGCCGCCCACAGCGGCUCCAUCCCCUGGCGGUCCGGCCCGGGCUCCCCCAUACCGAGAGCCGCCGUGGGGCGGCCCCGCCACGGCCCCCUACAGCCUAGAGACACUGAAGAGCGGCACCAUCCUUGGCACCUGGAGCUUGAAAGGGACAAGCUACUGCCUUUUCGGGAGGCUGUCUAGCUGCGACGUGUGCCUGGAGCACCCUUCGGUGUCUCGGUACCACGCCGUGCUGCAGCACAGGGUGUCCGGCCUCGAAGGAGAAUGCGACGGCCACGGGCCUGGCUUCUACCUUUACGAUCUGGGAAGCACCCAUGGCACUUUUCUUAACAAAACCCGCAUCCCACCCCGCACCUAUUGUCGCGUCCACGUCGGGCAUGUUCUUCGCUUUGGAGGCAGCACCCGGCUGUUUCUUCUUCAGGGACCAGAGGAAGACCGAGAAGCAGAAUCCGAGUUGACAGUAACGCAAUUGAAAGAAUUGCGCAAGCAGCAACAAAUGAUGUUGGAGAAGAAGAUGCUAGGAGAAGACUCGGAUGAGGAAGAAGAAAUGGAUACCAAUGAAAGGAAGAGAAAUACUAGUAGUCAAGAUGAUGAAAUGGGCUGCACCUGGGGAAUGGGAGAAGAUGCUGUAGAGGACGAGGCUGAAGAGAACCCCAUUGUCUUAGAGUUUCAGCAGGAAAGGGAGGCCUUCUAUAUAAAGGAUCCAAAAAAGGCUCUCCAAGGUUUUUUUGACCGAGAAGGAGAAGAAUUAGAAUAUGAAUUUGAUGAACAGGGGCACAGCACUUGGCUCUGUAGGGUGAGAUUACCUGUGGAUGAUUCAACUGGAAAACAACUGGUAGCUGAGGCCAUUCAUUCGGGAAAGAAAAAAGAAGCAAUGAUCCAGUGUUCACUGGAGGCUUGUCGAAUCCUUGAUACUUUGGGGUUGCUGCGGCAGGAGGCAGGGAUUAACCUCUGGAUUUUUUUCUGGGGACGAGGAGUAUCUCGGAAAAGGAAAGCCAAGAACUGGGAGGAUGAAGACUUUUAUGAUAGUGAUGAUGACACAUUUCUUGAUCGGACCGGCCUGGUUGAAAAGAAGCGUCUGAACCGUAUGAAGAAGGCUGGGAAGAUUGAUGAGAAGCCAGAGACGUUUGAAUCAUUGGUUGCAAAGUUAAAUGAUGCUGAAAGGGAACUCUCUGAAAUUUCUGAGAAACUGAAAGCGUCAAGCAAAGCUUUAUCAGAGUCACCAUCUCAGGACUCCUUAGAUGCGUUCAUGUCAGAAAUGAAAUCAGGGAGUGCAUUGGAUGGUGUGUCCCGGAAGAAACUUCACCUGAGAACUUUUGAACUGAGGAAAGAACUACAGAGACUUAAAGGGUUGAUAAAAAUUGUAAAACCAGCAGAGAUUCCAGAACUAAAAAAGACUGAAAGUCAGACUACAGAUGUGGAAAACAAAGCUAAAAAGCUUACGUUGCCUCUCUUUGGUGCCAUGAAAGGAGGAAGCAAAUUCAAAUUAAAAACGGGAACAGUAGGGAAGUUACCUCCCAAACGUCCAGAACUCCCUCCAGCUCUAAUGAGAAUGAAGGAUGAGCCUGAAGUAGAAGAGGAGGAGGAAGAAGAAGAAGAAGAUGUGGAGAAGGAAAAGGAGGAGGAUGAAAAGAAAAAAAUGGAGGCUGAGAGCAGUAGGUUACAGGCAGAGAUAGAGCCAGAAGAAGCAGUACAGGAAGCGAGGCCUCCCACUGAUCUCACAUGUUCUAAAGAAACAAAAAACCAUGAGAACAUAUCUCAACUCAGCCAAGUGCAACAGAAUAAAGAUUAUCAAGAGAUUAGUGAAACAGCUGCAUCAUGUGAGGAACCCUCAGCAUCAAAGAAUGAAUAUGAGAAAAACAGAAAUGAAUUGAAGAAAAAGAAAGCUCCCGGUCCAGGCAAACUUCCAGCAACACUUUCCUCCAGAUAUCCAGAAGAUGACCCAGACUACUGUGUGUGGGUCCCACCUGAAGGCCAAAGUGGAGAUGGCAGGACCCAUCUUAAUGACAAGUAUGGCUAUUGACUGCUUCAGAAUCCUAAAGGAAGACUUGUGGACCAUGUGACAUGGGAUAUUUAGGAUAAUAUGUCAAGUUGAAUGUCCAGAGAAGGAGUUCAGGUGAUCUUUUGUAAAAUCUGGUGACUGGCCUUUUCUCCCAUUCUGUGGCUCCAUAAAUUUAUCUACUCCUCUGCUUCUUUUGAAUUUGGCAUUUAUGUUUAAAAGUGUUUGUGUAUGUAUGUAAAGAGAAACCAUAUAUUUUGAGAAUUGGUAAAGUGAGAGACAUGACUCUAUUAAAAGAGAAGGUGAAGAUGUCUCA